GGACGAAUUAUAACCGUCGCUUGGUGUAACCCCCUUUUCGCCAGAUGUCGUCAGACCCGCCGUGUUACCUCCCUGAAGACUCAGACGAUUCUUCUGUGCACAGUGACAGUAGUGGGGAUGACUCUAACGAGGAUACCGGUGAGCGGAACGAAGCCAAAGGGAGGUCGGAUCUAGUGUCGGCGAUUUUACAGGCGGCAGCCGCGUCGGAUGCGGAGAGCCGUCCGAUUGGCGACGAUGAGGUGGACGCGGUGCUGCGAGAGAUCGGCGUUAGCGUCACCAGUGACGUCGGCAACGACGUCAGCCGAGCAUGUAACGCGGGAAGCAGUAGCGAGGUUGGCAGAAGCGGGAGGGCGGGCGAUGGGGUGAGAAGCGGAGAAAAGGAGAGAGAGGAGAAGAGAGAAGAGGAGGGAGGAGCGGAGAGAGAGGAAGGGAAGGAGAAUGACAGAGAAGGACAAGAAAGAACAGAAAGACGUAGUGGGAAUCUGGGUGGGGGGGAUAAGGAGGGGGAGGAGCAGGUUGGGGAGGGGGGGGUUGAAGGGGGGUUGUUGAAGUCGAAGGGGGAGGGGGAGGGGGAGGGGGAGGGGGAGGGGGAGGGGGAGGGAGAGGGGAAGGGGGAGGGGGAGGGAGAAGGGGAGAAGGGAGGAAAGAGGGAGAGGAGGAAGACGGAAGAGCAGGAGAGAGUGGAGAGGGAUGAGGAGAGGUUGAGGGAGAGGGGGAGGAGGGAGCAAGUGAGGGAGCGGGAGAGGGAGAGGAGAGAGGAGGAGGAGGGGAGGGAGAAGGAGAAGGCGAGGGAGGAGGAGAGGAGGAGGGAGGCGGAGAGUGAGAGAAUGAGGAGGCAGGGGACGGGGAAGUCGCUGUGGGCGCAUGGAUGGCUGCCAGGGAAGAGACACGCAGAUGAGGACGAGAACCAACCGGAGUGGCGGCAGCACGGCCGGCAUUUUCUGGUCGUGACCAAUGCAGGCAAACCCGUCUUCUCGCGAUAUGGCGAUGAGUACAAGCUAGCAGCCUUCGGAGGGGUCUUGCAGGCUCUCGUGGCGUAUGUGGAGUCGACAGGAGACCACAUUCGGAGCAUCAGUGCUGGGCUGCACCAGGUCCUCUUCCUGGUACGCGGCUCUUUCUACUUGGUGGCAAUUACGGAUGCAGGCGAGCCAGAGCCAAUCAUAGAGCGCCAACUAGACCACUUGCACAAGAUGCUCCUCAUGCUGCUGACGUCAGCCAUCGAGCGGUCGUUCCUGCGCAACCCCAAGUUUGACAUCCGGCCGUUGCUGGGCGGCACGGACCGUCUGUUCUCCGCUCUUAUUCACUCCUUCUCUUGGGACCCAGCCAGCUACCUCUCCUCGAUGCGCUGCCUGCGGAUACCAGCGUGGGUGCGCACCACAGUGAGCGGGGCGAUCAAGACAGCAGCUGCAGCCUCCCCGGCGCUCUUUGCUCUGGUGUUUUCGGGCUUUGAGGUGGUGACGGUGGCCAACAGGACCAGGGAGCCCCUCCACUCGGACGACAUCUUCCUCCUCCUCACCUUCCUCAAUGCCUCAGAUUCAUUCCGAACAUCCCCCGAGUCCUUCACGCCUGUGUGUCUGCCCCACUACAACCCCUCCGCCUUCCUCUACGCCUACGUGCACUACUGGGCCGCCGACCAGCCCCUUCCUCCCACUCCCCACACCAUCCACUCCCACUCCAUCUCCCGCUCCAAGUCAAGCAUUGCUGGCAGCAGGGGCGUUGGGAGCAACAGCAUUGGGGGCAGCAAGGGCAGUGGCAGCAAGGGCGUUGGGAGCAGCAGCGAAACUGGUGGCUCUCGGGGGAGUGGGAGCAAGCAGAACGAUACAGGCGCACCUGGCAGUGGAAGUGACACUGCUGGUAGUGGCAGCAGCAGCAGCAGCAGCAGUAACAACAACGACAACAACAGCAAGAACAGUGAUAGCAGCGGCAGCGGCAGUGGCAGAGCAGGAGCGCAGUCAGAGGCACCGCUGACUUUUGAGUCGACUCAAAAGGCAGGAGCGCAGUCAGCGGCACCGCUGUACGACCACCACCAGUCACGGGGAGACACGGGGCUGCUGCUGCUCUCUGCUGAUCCCAGCAGCUUCCACGCACUAAAAGACGUGAGGAUGUCAAUGGAGCAGACACUCGUGCAGUGCAACAUCUUCCAGGAAAUUUCCUCCGCGGCAUCGUCUCCUUCGCGCGGCGUCACUGUUCACCUCGUCCAAUCACACAUCGACUCGAUUGCUGCUGCUGCAGCCAGUAAGGGCGCUCGCACCAGCGUUGCCACUAGUAACAGUAAUAGCAACAACAGCAGCAGCAGAAGCCCCAAGCUCUCUCCAUUUCCGCCCUCCUCUCCUCGCUUCACAACUCCUUCUCGAAUCACCACCACAACCGCAACCACAACCGCAAACACAAAAUCUUCUUCCCCGUUCCCCCAACGCCCCUCCUCCCCUGCCCCUCGCUCCUCCUCCCCCUCCCUCCGUUCCGCCUCCCCCUCCCGCCGCCCCCCCUCCCCCUCCUCUUUCACCUCUCCCGCUCUCCACCCCUCCCCCCAACCCCCGGGCCUACCCUUUCCCGACCCUUAUGGCCUAGGCCCAGGAAUGGGGUGCGACAUUAUCCCCAUGGGCCAAUCAGAGGACGGUGCUGACGAGGACGAUGAUUACUCCAGGGCAUUUGACCAAUCAGAGAAUCGGGGGGUGUUUGGUGGUGGGGGGGAAGGAGAAGGGGCGGAAGGAUGGAUAGAAGGGCAGCAAGCGGAAGAGGAGGGAGAUGCAGAGGAGGAGGAAGAGGACGAAGAGGAGGAGGAUGGUGCAGUAUUGGCGCUAGAAAAGCUGAGGAGUGUAUUGGGAGGGGGCAUGGGCAUGGGCAUGGGCAUGGGGACGGACCAACAAGAAACUGGUUCACCAGCAACAGAAGUGCCAGUAUCCGUUCCCCUAGAACCCCCCUCUCUUCCUCUCACCUCCUCCCUCCCUUGCCCUCCUCUCGCCAUCCCACACACCGCUCAAACGCUGCGUGAACCGUCCCCUAAGGGUGGCGGCCGUCGUCUCAUGCCCACACAGACGCCUGUGAUGGUGCCGCCCAUGUGGGGCCCACAGGGCCUGCUGCACUUUGUGUUCAAGAGCGUGCCUCUAAGGCAGUUUGUCAUGGCUGAGUUCCCCCCGGCAUUGAGCGACAAGCGGCAGCAGAAGAAUCUCCUACGAGCCUACCAGACCAUGCAUUCCUCCAUGACAACUCAGACGCCCGUCACCGCUGCGAACGCUACUGUUGGUGCCACAUCAGCGACGUCAUCUGCCUUGUCAGCAUCCUCAUCGUCCACGUCAGCGACAUCACUGCUGGCUUCGAUGGAGUUGGGUGGCAGCUGCCCUGUGCCGGGCGGCAUCAAGACGCAAUACAGACGAACCAAGGACUUCAUCCUCCUCUCGUGGCGCACGCCUGACUUUGAAAUCAUGGCUGCAUUCGACCCUCUUGCAACCAAGAAGCCAGCCAUUGCGGUGUGCAACGCCAUAUGCCACAUGCUGCAGCAGCUGGAGUCAGAGCUGUUUCUCCCAGGCUCUGUCAUCUUCUAACCCUCCCUGGCAACUCUCAAGUGCCACAAGCUGCCACCUGCAGCCACAUGCUGCCACAAGCUGCCACCUGCAGCCACAUGCUGCCACAUGCUGCAACAUGCUGCCGCAACUGGAUUGGAGUAUUUCUACCAGCCUGAUGCCGCUGCCCUACACUGUGUCACUGUGUGUACCUUAGCAUGUUUAAAGUUCAUUCUGGCUGGUUAGAGUGACAAAUACCAUAUGCAUAAAAGCCAUAUAUGGUGCAAGCAAGAGCGGCGCAUGCUGCGAUUGGUGGGCUUGGUCCUAGUAGUUCAGGCAAGAAUGCCAAAGUUAAUCUAUCAACCCUCCACAUAGGCCCGCUCUGAGAAACUAUCGAGGGAAAAAGAUGGAUAGAAAGUAUGAGGCGAGACACAAGU